UCGAAGAUUCAAAAGGCCAUAAGCUAUUUUUCUUCAUUGAUCAAAGCAAAAUAGCAAGAGAUUCAAGAAGUCGAACAAGAUGAUGUUGGAGAGGAAGCAUCUUUCUUCCAUUGCCAACCAUGUUCUUCAACGAAGUGCAGAGGAACUUGGUUCUUCAGUGGAUCGUUUGGUAAAAGAAUUCGAAGCGAAAUGGGAACCCGAAGCAGGCGAUUUUUCGAAGAAAUUAGUGGAAUUUUGCAGCCUAAAAGCCCUGAUUAACUUGUGUCAAAAUAUGAAAGAAAAGAUGAGCAAUGGAUCAUAUAGCCGGUUUACAUAUGAUAUGAUGCUUGCUUGGGAGAAACCAAGAGCUGUCGACGAAGAGCCGCGAUCGCAGGAGUACUUUGGGAAGGGGAAAGAAGAUAGAACUAUACGAGUACAAGAGCCGACCGAGCAGGAUGAUAUCUCUCUUUUCUAUUCGGACCAGAUGCCACUCCUCGUUAAUCAUGAUCCGAGUGUUGAAGGAGAUGCUUUUGUGUGGUUGAGUUCAUUAGUUCCAUUAGCUGCCGACAUCACUAACGGAAGAUUCACGUUCGAAAAGCUUACCUUGCCUACCGGAAAUCACCUCUUUUUCCCAGCAUAUGAUAGGUUCCUAAAAGAAAUUCACAAUUGCAUGAAGCAUUUGCAGAAACAAGCAAAACCGAACGGUGUAGAGUUGGCUGAUGAUGAAUUUAUAUUACAUGUCGAAGGAACAGCUAGCUCACAAAGAGUAGUACGCCAUAUUGAAGGCACAAGUUGGCCUGGGAGGCUUACACUGACUAAUUACGCUCUCUACUUUGAGGCUUCUGGGGCAAUAAACUACGAAGAUGCACUUAAGAUUGAUCUUACGAGGAAAAUUGAUCACAGUGUUAAACCAGCUGCAACAGGUCCAUGGGGUGCUCCACUUUUCGACAAAGCCAUAAUCUACGAGUCCCCUGACUUACCAGGAGUUCUGCUGGAGUUUCCCGAGAUUACAAGCUCCACAAGGCGCGACCAUUGGCUAGCACUUACUAAGGAGAUUCUGCUAAUGCACAAAUUUUUAUCAGAUUUUGAGGUGGAAUGUCCCAUACAAGCGUGGGAGAUGCAUGCAAGGACCAUUUUGAGCAUAAUAAGGCUUCAUGCAGCAAGAGAAAUGCUAAGAAUUUGUCCACCAAAUCCGAUAAGUUUCUUGAUUUUCGGUUUGUAUGAAGAGUUACCAAAAGGGGAUUAUGUACUCGAACAGCUUGCUCAGAGUCUAAAGGAGGUAGAUAGUGGGCAACCAUGUAGUGCAAGCUCGAUAUUGAGGAAACUGAACCUUCCAGAGCACAUCAUGUCAAGUUUAGAAGUGAAAAGAGUGAAUGAGGUGAGUAAAACUAUUGCAGUUGGCAAAGAUGAUGAUGAUAAGAUCUCACUCGGGACUGCCAUUGAUCAAGCGAGAAAGGAAGGAAGAGGAGUUGCCAAAGCUAGAGCCACGGUCGAGGGGCUGAAAGAGGAAGGGAUCAGUGAAAGUGCUAUGAUUCUUAUGGAGCUACUAAAGCCACUUAGAAGUGUAUUCCCUUGGUUUCGAGACAUCUUUUCAUGGGAGAGACCAGCAACUACUGUUCUGGCAUUUGCCAUAAUUACACUGUUAGUAUACAAGGAAUGGAUCGGCAAGGCGAUAUGUUUUGGUUUGCUUCUGGUGGUAGCGAAUAUGGCAAGAGCAAGACAAGAAAGGCUUAAAGACAAGCAAAAGGAGAUAGUUGUGUACACCGGCUCCGACAAUAAUGCGAGUACGAGAGAGAAUGUAGUCUCUGCUCAAUACAGAUUUUUGACACUUCGUGAGACAAUAAAGGAGGCGAAUGUAACGAUACUGAAGUUGCAUUCACUUCUGGUUUCGAGGGCACACAAGCAUGCAAAUACGGUGAUGCUCGUGAUGAUCGGAUUGGCGAUGUUGUUUGCUCUGAUUCCCUUUAAGUAUAUCAUAAUUGCCGCUGUUUUUCAUUCCAUGGUCACGACAUCACUGGUAGGGAAGUAUAUUGGAAACAACCAAGGAGAUCGAGAUCAAAAUCGGCGGUUGAAAGAGUGGUGGGACUCGAUCCCGCCUACCCCUAUUCGGGUCAUUAACGAGGCCCCUGUCAACCCUGAAUAGGC